AGGCAGUGAGAGAUUCAAUGGUGUUGUUGGAGAGCUGUUCCUAAUUCUGCUUAUUAUUUUUAAAGGCAUCAUCUUUGGGAUGACGGGUUCUGCCAAGGUGGGGAAUUGGGGUGUUUUCAUGCAUGUUGUUGACUCGCGUUUUGAAGACACGGUUUGGGGUUUUCUGCUUCAGAGCUCUGUGUGUCUUGGGGCAUGCUUUUGGUCAUUCAUUCAAUCCUGGUGCAACUUCAUUUCAAAUAAAGAUGGUUGUGUCUUCAGAGGCAAUAAGAACUGCUUUUUGUGGUCAAUGCAACAGUUCUGUGUGUGCAGGUAGUUGUAUACUCUUUGUUAUCUUGCCCCCCUUUUAAUUUAAUUUAAUUUAAUAUUUUAUAUUUAUUUCCCCAAGCUUUAAAAAUCUAUUGUAAGCUUUAAGCAGUUUUGCGCUCUGUUACUGUUUUUUAUGGUGUGUUUAUAUACUUUUAUUAUUGGAUUUUAAGUUACCACUUCUUGCAAACUGCAAACUUUGUUGUAAGGCGGCCUAUGUAAAUACUAUAAAUGUAGCUCAGGGGCAGAACACAUACCUUGCAUGAGAAAGGUCCCAGGUUCAAUCAUUGGAAUCUCCAGGCAGGACUGUGAAAGACUUUUAUGAACUCUGGAGCGCUAUUGUCAGUCAUUGUCGACCAGCCUUUCCUAAGCAGCUGCAACCUUGUGUUCUCUGGAUGUUGUUGGACUACAGCUCCCAUGAGCUCCAGCCACCAUGGCUCAAUGGCCAGAGAUGAUGGGAGUUGUAGUCCAAAACAUUGGAGGGCACCAGGAUGAGGAACGCUGGUUUUAAAUUACCCAAAUUGCACCAACGCUCAUUAAUUUGUCUCAUCCCUUUUAAAAGUAUUCUACUGACCAUUGCGAUGUUCUAUGGCAGUGAAUUCUGUUGCAGUACUUACAAUGAACUUUUCUGCAAACCUCACACCUUUUAAAACCAUGCUUCUGAUUGAAUCCCGAGCCUUUUUAAAAAAAUGUGCUUACCGGUAAAUUAGGGGCUAGAUGUCCCAUAAUGAGCCCUGGCUCUGAACAGAGCAGAUUCCUUGAACUUGCCGGAACUUGUUUGCCUUUCAUAAUGCUGUCAUAAUGAGUUAGUAACUGGAGAUUUCCAAGGAAGACAUUGUUCUGUGACUUGCCAAUCAGAUUAUUGCCUUGGCACCCAAUGAAUUUGGACACAGGAGGUGCAGCAACAUCCAGCAUUCCUUGCUAUAUUGCUCUCCGUCCUGAGCCGUCCAUUAAUAAACUAUUUGUUUCUGAGAUUUGUUUCCUGCAUCACAUUUGUGACGGCUCUAAUCUGUUUCCCACUGGUACAAGCUCUGCUUAUCCCUACACACCAAUAUGAAACCCACCACUAUGGAGAUCCUGCUGCUUCUCUUGGCUGCAUUCCCUGUCAUGGGGGCCAAUGAUCCUACUGAUCCAAACAGCCCCUUUUAUUACAACUGGCAUAGGCUGCGUGUUGGCGGUUUGAUCAUUGCUGGUGUACUCUGUUUUCUGGGAAUUGUUAUCCUGCUGAGUGGAAAGUGCAAAUGCAAACCUAAGAGGAGAAACAGUGUCAACACCAUUCAAAAGCUCCCGAUUGCAGGAGAAGCCAGUGAAUGCUGAGUGAAGAUAAUGACUGCUCCCACUAACAUACCAGCCAUACCUGACUCCUCUCUCAAUAGAUGUAACACACUGGAUCUUUCAAUGGUUUUUUUGGGCCCUCACACCUGUAUUAGGUUUUUUAAUAAUAAUAAUAAUAAUAAGAGACAUAUAAUAAAAUUCUGGUGUUUUUCCUGAAA